ACCUAUGUUCUUUGUUUUAGUAUCUAGUCAAAUCACGUUUAUUUCAUAAAGUACGAAGAAAAAAUCUAGUUAUUUAGUUAUCCGCUUGCCAUGUGGACGUCGUUUUUGGUUCUAUUGACUCUUGCAACUAAGAUAAAUUUGUGUUUGGGUUAUUGCAAUGGUGAUCCAAAUGGCAUCAGUGGAUGUGGAGACAACUGCAACCGGCUCUGUGAUGACCUGGUCAGACCCUUCAAAAGGGACUACUGUUCCAAGAAAUGCAAAAUUAAUGGGUGUGACUGUAAAGUUGGCUUUUACUACGACCAAGUGACAAGGAAAUGUGUUUCCCCAGAAAAUUGUACUGGAAUUUGCGAUAUUAACGAAGAAAUUUCCUCUUGUAAGAACAACCUGUGUCGGCAAAAUUGUAUAGAUAAAGGAAAAUCUUUUAAAUGUGAUGGCGAUUUUGAACAAAAAUGUUGCAGUAUUGGCUGUGUUUGUAAAUCUGGCUAUUUGAGAUCUGCGGAUGGAAUUUGUAUUACUGAGGCACAGUGCAAUGCGGAACAAUGUGGUGUGAAUGAAGAAUUCUCAACGUGUUCAAAUUCUGUGUGUCGAUUACAAAAUUGUACACAGAGGGGUUUAAAAUUGAGUUGCACAGAAAUAACUAAGAAUAAGUGCGUGAGAAGCUGCAUUUGUAAGAACAACUAUUUGAGGGCACGGAAUGGAAGCUGUAUACCUGAAAGUGGUUGCGAAGCGGAUGGAAGUAUACCAACCUGUGGAUUAAAUGAAGAAUAUUCAGCAUGCUCUAAUGCAAUUUGCCAACCUGAGUAUUGCGUUGAUAGAGGAAAACCAAUCACUUGCGUUGGUGUACCUCGAGAAAACUGCACAUCUGGUUGUGUUUGUGCGAAAUAUUAUUUGCGCAAUAACAAUGGCCAAUGCGUACUGGAAGACAAAUGUGAAAAAACCAAUGCUUCAACUACAACUACCGUAUCUAGUGGAUCUUCGAAUUCAUCUCCAAAUGUCACAAGCCCACCUACAACCCCUUCUAGUUCUUCUUCAAAUUCAAUCAAUACAACAAGUUCUGAUCCACGGAAUAACGCUAGUUCUCCUUCAAUAGAAACAUCAACGUCUUCAACAACAAAAGCAAGUUCAGAUCCAGGAAGCACUACCUCGAAAAUAACUACUGCUAAUGCUUCGUCUCCAGCUAGUAACAUAACUGAAUCAUCAACAACUAAUUCUCAGCCAUCUGAGCAAACAAAAGCUAAUUCCUCGUCUAUAUCCCAAUCAACAACUAGUACAACGAAUGUACCCAGUACGAAUGCAACAAGUAUACCUUCAACACAAUCAACUCUACAACCCACUGGGUCUACAGCUUCUACCUCUGUAACUGCUACCCGUCCUGGUUCAUCCAGUCCAAAAACAACUAUUAGUUCAUCAUUUUCUACAAAAUCUCCAAGUAGUACUUCUCGUCCAAUAACACGUCCACCUCCUACUACCACUAAACGCCCAACUAACCCAACCUCAAGAUCUACUACUCGAAUCAAUACCACAUCAAAACCAACUGUAGCUUCUACUUCAAAACCAACAAAGUCAACCAUAAAACCUACUUCAAAACCAACCCAAAAACCUACAACAAAGGCCACAACAAAACUUAAGCCAACAGGUAAACCUACUCCAAAACCAACCAGACCUCCUUCAACUAUAAGACCUACUACAAAACCAACCGGACCUUCUACAACCAAAAGACCUACUGCAAAACCAACCGUAGCUCCCACUACUGUAAGAUCUCCUGUAAAACCAACCGUGAAGCCUACUGCAAAACCAACCGUAGCUACUACAACCAAAAGACCUACUGCAAAACCAACCGUAGCCACCACAACCACAAGAUCUACUGUGAAACCAACCGUAGCUACUACAACCGUGAGACCUACUGCCAAACCAACCGUAGCUCCCACAACUGCAAGAUCUACUGCAAAACCAACCGUAGCCACUACAACUCCAAGGCCUACUGCAAAACCAACCGCAGCUCUUACAACCAUAAGACCUACUGCAAAACCCACCACAGCUCCAACGGUGAGAACCACACCUUGUACAACUUGCGAAGAAAAUGAGGAAUAUAUGGAAUGUGCAAAUACUGUGUGUCGACCACAGACCUGUUCCGAGGUAGGGAAAGAGUUGAUAUGCCCAAAUGAUUCAAAAAACAACGAGUGUGAGGCAGGAUGCGUUUGCAAACAGGGCUAUGUAAGAUCGCAGAGCCUAAAAUGCAUUCCGGAAUGUGACUGUUAAUGAUAAAGUUUACAACAAUAUGAAUUAAUUAAAUGCCAAUUCAUAAAU